CAGACAAGUUGUUACGUUUGAAUUGCUGGCAGAGACGGUUGUCCCCACACACCGUGCUAGCUAGCUAUCUCCGUAACAAAAAUUUACAUACAUUUAUAAAGAAAACUAUGAUAAUUCCGACACAACCUUGGAAAUCUGUAAAGAAUUCAGCCGAGAACAUUAGUGUGUUGUGCAAAUUCAGUGUGUUGUUUGUUCAUGUUGAAGUGCCCAAGUUGAGAAAUGUUGUACAAAUGGGCGCGCUGGUUCCCGGCUGUGGUGUGGUUGGCAGCAGUCGCCGCCCAACAGCCUCAUGUCGUGUUUAUAAUGGUCGAUGACAUGGGUUGGAACGACGUGUCAUUCCACGGAUCUGACCAGAUCCAGACGCCCAACAUCGACACCCUUGCGUACAAGGGGGUGAUUCUACAGCAGUACUACAGUGAGGCUAUCUGCACCCCCGCGCGGACUGCCCUGCUUACGGGGAAAUAUCCCAUGAGGUUGGGAAUGCACGGGUUCCCGCUGUACAACUCCGAAGACCGAGGCAUUCCCCUCACCGAGCGCCUGUUGCCGUCCUACCUCAAGGAGCUCGGCUAUGCCACUCACUUGGUGGGCAAGUGGCACGUGGGCAUGUCCAGAGAUGAGUUCCUGCCCACCAACCGGGGCUAUGACACGCAUUAUGGGAUGAGAGGAGGCUAUGUUGACUACUAUACGUAUAAUAAAAUUGAAACGUGGCCUGAUGGUAGGACUAUGUUUGGAUUGGACCUGUUCGAUGGCUUCAAGGCUCAAGACAAGGAACAGAGAUACCUGGGGGAUGCCCUUACUGAUAGAGCCAUCAACAUAAUCCGGAGACACAACGCAUCUCAGCCGCUAUUUCUGCACCUCGCCCACAACGCGCCUCACGCCGGCAACUCAGGGGGCGCGCUGCAACCCCCGCUCUAUACCACCGUGAAGAACAGGCAUAUCGCCAACUCUGACAGGAGACUUUAUGCCGAUAUCGUGACUCACCUUGACCGUUGUGUGGGUCAGGUGGUGAGAGCAUUGGCGGACAAAAAUAUUUUGGACAAUACGAUUAUAAUCUUUGCGUCUGACAAUGGCGCGCCUACUGUUGGACCUUUGGGAAACUGGGGCAUCAACUUGCCAUUUCGUGGCAAGAAACAAACGCCUUGGGAGGGCGGCGUGCGAGUUCCAGCACUGAUAUGGCAUUCGUCGAUAAAGCCAGGCGUUUGGGACGGCCUCAUGCACAUUACUGACUGGCUCCCGACGCUGACCGCCGCUGCUGGAGGAGACGCCAUCAAGAAACCGAUAGACGGCGUCAACCAAUGGAACUCCAUCAUAGCACACAGCCAGUCUCCUAGAAAAGAAGUUCUGAUAUCCGUUGAAGAUAGCGAAACCACCAUGUAUGCAGCUUACAGAGCUGGUGAUUACAAAAUUGUCGUUGGAAACGUUACCGGGGUUAGCAACGGUUAUUAUGGAGCUGAGUUCAUGAUUAAUAAGAAGACCCCACCAGAUUACUAUUCGGUUCUUAAGGACUGUGAAGUGGCGAAUGUGCUACAAACGUUAGGAUUGCACCUGGAUAAACAGGAAGUAGAAGAACUGAGGUUGGCUGCACGAGUUAAGCAGCUCGAUGGUGUUAGAAAUGCCACUCCAUGUGAACCAACGCCAACUCGAGGAUGCCUCUACAAUGUUCGUCGAGACCCCAUGGAGGCCCACGACCUCUGGGACCAAGCAAGACGGAUCGCGUCCCUCCUGACUAGCCGCCUUCAAGAGCUAUGGGCACAGGCGAACAAAAGAGGGCCAACUGCCUUGAAAGCUGAAGCGGACCCCGCCAACUUUGACUACACAUGGUUGCCAUGGCUUUCUGAACCUAAAGAUUAUGAUUACAACGACAUAAAUAGCAUUUUGAACCAAAGACGGGGCAGGGCCGGAUUACCAGCCAAUUUGAAUGAUAGAAGUGGCGAUGUGAAAUAUAGUGGUUUGAAGAGUAGUAGCGUCUGUGAAGGUACUUCGGGAAUUAGACAGUUUAUAUGCGUUUUACAAAAUGUUUUCUAAUACAGCGUCUCGAUAGCAGAUAGGUAGUAAUGGUUAUCAUUAGCUAUGUGGAAAGUUGUAAUAGGAAAAUCUACCAUCAAUUUACCUCUGUGAUAGUUUUAAAUAUUUACUUAACUAUAAUCUAAGUUAGGUAGUUGCGUAAGUACUUAAUGUUAUGUAUGAAUAAGUACUAUUGUAUACAUAAGUCUAGAUUUUUU